UUUAAACUGAGUCACUCACUGAGCUCCAUAGCUCACCCUUUCCAAAAUGUUUUACCCAUUUUCCAGGUAGAGAUCGACUUCCCGGUGCCUGAUAGACUGCCUUAGUCUGCGGAAGCUUCAUUAUCGAUUGCCAGAGUCAUGCCACCACGUACUGGUAGACGACGCCGGCAGAAUCAGGACGGGAUGCAAGGUCCUACCCAAGGUCCAUCUGUAGGGGAAUCUAGUACCCUAGGAGUUCGAGGUGGUGCAGGAAACGAGCAGUUUGCGAGAACAACACAGGAAAUAGGAAGGACAGAUAGAGCAGAGCCUAGUGAUCCAGAAAAGGCAUACGGAAUUGAACGGCUGAAGAAGUUAGGGGCUACAGUGUUUGAAGGUUCCACAGAUCCAGCUGAUGCAGAGAACUGGUUGAAUAUGCUUGAAAAGUGUUUUGAUGUGAUGAAUUGUCCUGAGGAGCGAAAGGUUAGAUUGGCCACAUUUUUGUUGCAAAAAGAGGCUGAAAAAUGGUGGAAAUCUAUAUUAGCAAGACGCAGUGAUGCACGUGCUUUAGAUUGGCAGACUUUUAGAGGCAUAUUCGAAGAUAAGUAUUAUCCCAGCACAUACUGCGAAGCCAAGAGGGAUGAAUUUCUGGGGUUGAAACAAGGAUCACUUUCAGUGGCUGAGUAUGAGAGGAAGUAUACCGAGCUUUCACGGUAUGCUGACGUUAUUAUAGCUUCUAAGAGUGACAGGUGCCGAAGGUUUGAAAGAGGGUUGCGUUUUGAAAUACGUACCCCAGUUACAGCCAUUGCUAAGUGGACGAAUUUCUCUCAGUUAGUGGAGACUGCCCUUCGUGUGGAGCAGAGUAUAACAGAAGAGAAAUCGGCAGUGGAGCUUAGUCGUGGGACUUCAACAGCUAGUGGAUUUAGAGGCCGUGAGCAGCGGAGGUUCACGCCUGGGAUAAAUAUUUCAAGCCGUCAAGAUUUUAAGAAUCGCUCUAGAGGCCGUGAACAGAAUAACGUUAAUGAAGAAGUUCUGUUUUAG